AUGGUGGAUAUAAAAAGGAAAAAUACCAAGAGUCUUCCUUUGAGCGGGCCCGGACGAGGCCGCCGGUCAGUCCGGCAGCCCUGUGCGGGGCUGGCCCGGGAAGGCCGCGGGCGGCCCGAGGCCUUGCUGCCACCCGGCCGGGGCUCAGUGCCGGAGUCGGGAGGGGCGGCCGGGAGCGGGCCGGCGCUGGGGGCGGUGGCCGAGGACCGGUGCGGUUCCCGCGGCGUCCCGGGGGACUACAGCUCCCGGCGUGCUCCGCGGCGGCCGAGGACUACGAGUCCCGGCGUGCCCCGCGGCUCCGCCCGGGAACGGCUCCAUCCGGGUCCCGGCCACUGCUGUGGGCGACUCGUCGCCAUUACGGGGCAGCCCUCGCCCGGCGGCACAUCGUUCGUGCUGCAGCGCCGGGCCCGCGUGACCUCCGCCAUGCCGGCAGCGAAGGACAGCACCUGCGAUCCGUCUCGGUCGCGCCCGCCGCGGGGGAGCGUGAGCCCGGAGGCGACAUCCCUGGGUGGUCAGACAGCCAUGGUCAAGAAUGUGAACAUGCCCGAAGAGAUGCAGCAAGAUGCUGUGGAGUGUGUCAUGCAGUCUCUGGAGGAACACAACGUCAAGCAUGAUAUUGCAGCUCAUGUAAAAAGGAUAAGCGUUUGCUCAUAAUGUCUUCCUACUGAAUGCUAUAUGGACUUCAAAAAUCAAGCAAAAAUGUUGGUGGGAGUUUGACAGAAAAUAUAAUCCUACCUGGCAGUGCACUGUGGGAAGGAAUUUUGUGAUUCAGAAGACCAGUCACUUCAUCCUCGUCUGCCUGGGUCCUGUUACUGUUCUCAUCAAGGGUGCUUAGAGCUAUGGACCGUUUCUCAAACUCUCAUCUCAUUAGUGAGUUGUGUGCUAAUGGCACGAAGCCUGGUGCCUUCAGCCUUCCUGAGGGAGCACAGCUUGGCCUUGAAGGGUAAUGGCAGGGAUUUUGCUGGCAUGGUUGAUGUUUUUUAUUGUAGUUGGGGGAAAAAUAGCAAAAAACAAAACCAAAAACCUUCCUUGUAUUUAUUUUCUUUCCACAGCCAGCUUCUUUGCUAAUAAAAGUGUUGUGUUCUGCCUUUAAAAGUUUUACGACUAUGUACCCUCUCAUUCUAGUAUUGCUUGUGCUGUUUGGUAUUUCCCUGUGAAUGUGGAUGACUAACUUUGUUACAAGGUUUCUUUUCCCAAAUCCAAAACAUCUAAACACUGUGGUAACCACCCUCAUAAUUUGGUCAGUAACUCUGAGAAUAACAGACCUAAAUAGGGAGCAAACAGGUGUUAAAAGAAGGCAUUUUAUGAGGCUUCUCCUAAAAUAUUAUUUAUUAGCUCUGCCCUUUUGCACUCCACCCCUACUUUUCUUAUAAGAAACCUGGGAAAUGUUUUUUCAGUGAACCUGCAGCUGUCAUCCCUAAAAUAACGGGAAAGGGAUCAGCAGAUAGGCUCAAGAUCUUUGAAUGUUAUUUUAAGGGUUAAUUAAAAUGCCUCUAGAAUCUCUGUUGUUACCGAAAAACCUGGUCAAAGAAACUCUCUAAGACUCAGUUUGGAGUUCUAGAGAGCAGGCAUUCUUUAUUGCAACUCUGGGUGCGCGGGGGAUUGCUCCACCUAUCGUGCACACCGUUACCUACAGCAUGCAAAGAUUUAUAUUAUUCCAGUCAUACAUAUUCAUAUUAUCAUUUACAUAGUGUCCACCCUUUGGUCACGCGCAGCGUGGGUCAUCUCUUUCUCCUAGUUAAUUGGCCUUGGCAAUUUUUAAUUACAAAAACUCAGCAGAACUCAAAGCUUAUCAUCAAGGCCCAAGGCUUCUUGUCUGCUGACGCACAUCAGGCCCAAGGCCUCCUGUCUGUUGGCGCCUCCAACACAUACCAUUGACAAGGUCAAGGUUUUUCUUAUCUAAUUAGCACAUACCAAAAUUUUGAAGUUUUCAAGCAAGCAAAAGUUUGUUAGUACGGUGAUACAGUAAAAUGUUCCUUCUGCCUUUGUUCAAGGCAUCACUGUUGCCUUGUGCUUUUCCCCUUUUGCUUUGAAGGAAAAGUUUAAAAGUUCACUUAAACUAGGCAUUGUAUUUUUAUACUUUCACAGUUGUUUGCUACAGUUCAGUGGAAACGCUUGAUUCUUGAUAUCCUCUCAGGCCCCUGUGUUCACCAGCUUAACCCCUAGUACUGUCAACUCCUACCUGCUUGGGAAGUGACAGCCUUUAGCUCCUUCUGUUCCCAACCUCCCUCUUCCUCCCGAUUUGUUUUUUGACGACUUUUCUUCCUCUUUGUUUCUUUUUCCGCUGCUGCCUCUUGCAGAACCGCUUUGGAAAAUAAACGACAAGACCUGCCCGA